AGUCGAGCGAGAAGCGACAGCUGCGCGUCUUGUGUUUUUCGGAUUUUGCGGUGCGCCUGACGUUUCUUUUUUAUUUAGAAACAAUUUUUAUAAACAACAAUGACUCUGUUUAUUAACGCGUGUGAAUGUGAACAUUAUUUUAGUACGUGGUUAACAAACUGAAACUGUGCAUACCUGUGAAUUAACGGACCAAACAAAGUGUCGUUAUGACUGGAGGUGUUGGUUGCAUUAGCAGUGUCUUUUGUCUGUAAAACAGUGGAUUAUACAUGGAUGGUGGUGUUUAGUUCUGGGUACGUUACUUCGGAGCCAGCAGUGUGACCAGUGAUUGUUGUCGUGGCCGGUUUCCGUGGAGGAAACUUUCGAAACGUGCAUAAAACUUGGUAAUGCUUUCCUAGCGACGGUGCCUGCCUGCACGCAUUCCAUUAGGAAGCAAGUGCCGGCAAUAAGCAUUUUACGAGAGACGAGCGGCGCGGGUGGCGGGGCGGGCGGCGGGGGCCUGCUGGCCAUGAACGCCACCCAAGUGCAGUGCGAGCCCCACGACUCGGUCGUACUCAUUAAAUAUGAGCACCGGUCGGCGGGAGGCAGCUGGGAGGAGCCGGUGAGCGCGGUGCGCAACGCACCUCUCCGGCGCUCGCAGCGUCUCAACUCCACCCUGGAUUCCAGGACGAGCGGUCAGUUGCGCAACACGCUGAGCCGCGCUCGGGAACUAUGCGAGCGCUGGCGCAGCGGCGGCGCCAAUCCCGCACCCCCUGCACCUCCCCCCGACGACGAGGGCGGGGGACGACUCGCGCGCUGGUUCAGCGUGCGGCGGGGCUCCGCACACCAGUAUGACAUGCACUCCCAUGAGGCUGAUAAGAUGCCCAAAUUGCCUGAGUUGGAGGAAGACAUGUUCUCGUGCGGCGGCGAGGUGCGCGGGGGACGCGUGCCGCCGCCGGCGCUGGGCCCGCCGCCCGACGCGUUGUCACCCGUGCAGCUGCGGAGAAGGCACGUCGUGUCCGCCAUCAUACACAGCGAGAACUCCUACGUUGCCACGCUGCAGCGGCUUGUCAAUGACUACAAGAAACCGCUGGAGGAGAGCAGUCCAGCUAUCCUAAACGGCAGCAAGAUCCAGACGUUGUUCCACCGGCUGCCAGACAUCCUGCAGUGCCACCUCCACUUCCGCACCGCACUUGCCGACUGCGCGCGCACGUGGGACCGCGAGGAAAAGAUUGGCGAGGUCUUCCUAAACGCGUUUUCAAAAGCGGUGGUGUUGGACGUGUACUCGGACUUCAUCAACAACUUCUCCGUCGCCAUGGAGCUGGCCAAGAUGGAGUCCAAACGCAAGUCGGCGCUUGCAGACUUCUUCAAGGUGAAGCAGAUCAGCGCGCACGACAGACUGUCCUUCUUCGGGCUAAUGGUCAAACCAGUGCAGAGGUUCCCGCAGUUCAUUAUGUUCCUACAGGAUCUCCUAAAGCACACGCCUCCGGGCCACUCUGACAGAGUAGCUCUGCAGCGCGCGUUGACACGACUAGAGGCGUUGGCUGAGGCCCUCAAUGAGAGGAAGCGGGACGCCGAAAGGACGCAGGCGUUCCGAGCGGCGCUGCGGCGGCUGACGCGGGGCGGCGUGGCGGGCGCGGGCGGAGCGGGCGGCGCCGCGCGGUUCGGGGCCGCGAGACUGCUGGCGUCGCGUGCGGACAAGAGACAUCUACUGCGGCAGGACGACUUGCUGCAAUUGGAGUUCAACCAAUCAGGCGGCAUAUCGAAGUGCAAGCCGCGGCGCCUGCUGCUCCUCAACGACCUGGUGGUAUGCGUGUCGGUGGGCGCGGGCGGCGACGACGCGGAGCGGCUCGGGCUCAAGUGGGCGCACCCCGUGCAGGACGUGGACGUGCUCGACACCGGCACCUCGCCCACCCUCAGCCGCGUGCUGGCGCAAGGAAUGAACCGCAGCGGUAGCUUACGUUCAAACUCUAGCGGCAACGGCCAGAGCGGUACUACCACAGGCGACUCUCUAUGCAACGAGAUGUCAGCACUGAUGCAUGACUACGAGACAGUGUCGAGGAUGGCCGACCUCGCCGCCUCGCUGCAGACGCCCUACCCCGAGCUGGCACCAGACAAGUUCCGCGCUCUACUGCAGAACAUACAGAAGAGUAUACAGAAAAAGGACGACGAGAUGGCGUGGGUAGAUUCCUGCUGUCUCCAACUAACGAUUCGCGGGCGAGAAGAACCGGUGACCUUCCGCGCGAGUGAGCCAGGCGCCCGACUGGCGUGGGCGACGGAGCUGAGGUUGGCUCAGCUAGCACAAGCGUCGGCUAACUCCCCCGCGUGGCGCCUGCCCGCCCCGCAACACGCACCUGCCCAUAAGAUGCCGCUGUUUGUCGCCGCCACGCCGGUGUAUUCUUCUAAGUAUCUGACUGAGGUCCGCUGCGGCUGCUUCUACACGUCGAGCGGGUCGGCGCGCGGCGCGGCCACGCGGCGCGCGCGCUCGCUGCUGUGGGUGUGCGCGGCCGGCGCCGCCGACAGCCACGUGGCCGUGCUCACGCACCGCGCCGCACACCUCAAGACGCUCGUCACGCUCGACCUGCCCGACACCAAGGUAACCACAAUGGAGUACUCGAAAGGAGUGAGACAAGUGACCACGCUGUGCGGCGACACAGUGUGGCUCGGUACUGAGUGCAAGAAGAUCCUCAUCUUUUCCGGCGUCGAGCCAGAGAAGCAGGAGAAGCUGACAGAAGUGGCCACCGUCGCCUCCGUCACGCAGAUCCGCUACCACUGCGACGCCAUGUUCGUAGGCCUCUCCAACGGACGACUCUCCGUCUACAGGAGAAACCACGACGACUCGUGGGCCCUCAACGAACCCCUAGCCAUAGAACUAGGAGACAAGCCCGUCUACUGUGUCCUCCCGGUAGACGGCAUAGUAUACGCCACCUGCGCCCGACGCGUCUUCGCCAUCAACGCCCUCACUGCCGAAAUCAUGCGCAUCCUAGAACUCAAAGGCGAGGGAGAUCGGUCGGUCAAGUACCUAGCCCAUUCAGGAGUAGGGUUAUGGACCGCGUUCUCGGAUUCAACGUACGUUAGCCUCUACCAUGCUGAAACUUUCGAGCACCUGCAGAACAUCGACAUAGCCGCCGACGUGGCCAAGACUAUCGGUGCGAGAGAGGGCAGCAAGCCCGCGUACGUGUCCGCCUUGCUGGCCGGGCAGGGGCUGCUGUGGGUCGGCACCACCGCCGGCGUCAGCGUCACCGUGCCGCUGCCUAAACUAGAAGGUCUGCCGUUGAUCGGCGGACAGAUCGGCGUGUCCUACCACGCACACGCCGGACCCGUCACGUUCCUACUUUCUUUGAUGCCGGAAUCUCGAGACGUCGACGUCAACGUAGUGCGCAGGAAUUUAUCCAACGCCCGCGCCCUCGCCGACACGACGACACUAGAGGAGGAAGGCAAAGAUGACGACAAGCCCAAAUUAGAGAGGCGAAUUUCCGAAGAGCUGAGCCCGUACCGUCCGCAGCGAGUGCAGUCGGCCGUCGUGCGCCGCAAGAAGCCCGGCGACGUGCGGCUCAGCAAGACGCUGCCCAAGUGCGCCAACCUCAACGCGUGCGACGUGUACGGGCUAUUCGGGGACCUCAUGUUCGUCAAGGACUGCGUCGGCGAGGCGGACGUCAGCGGCUCCGGCGGCGAGGCGCUGCGGCGGAGCGACCCCGAGCUCGCCGCCAUCCCCUUCAGAGUCAGUACGCUCGACCGGAGGCUGCGCAUGCGCGCCGGCCGACCGCGCAGCCUGGACUUGUCUAGCUGGUCCGUGGACUCGCGCGCCUCCAGCCUGUGCACGUCGUCGGGCAGCGAGGAGUCCAUGGCACUGCGCGGCGUGUCGCGCACCAGCUCCGGCGCGUCCGGCGCCGCCAGCCUGGCGCCGGUGGCCGCGUCCACGCCCGACUCGUCGUCGGGGAAGUCCACGGCGUCCGAGCGGUCGGUGUCCCGCAGCGACUCGGCGACGGAGCGGGCGGGCGCGGAGGGCCGUGCGCCAGCCAAGAGCGCGGCGCGGAGCCUGCGCGGUGCGGAUUACGUGGUGGGCGCAGGCGCGGCGCGGCGCUCCGUGCUGACGCUGGCGGGCGGCCGCGGCUACGUGGACUGGCGCCAGACGGCCGACGCGGCCGAACGGCCCGCGCCCGCCGCCGAGCCCAACCCGCGGGACGCGCACCUCGUGCUCUGGGAGAUGCGCUUGUGACCGCCCUCCGCCGCCAAUGGUACGCGCGUAACAUGUUACGCAAGAUGUUCCGGACGGAUCGAAUAUUUUGGAUCUGAUAUUUGUGUCAUAUUCGUGUCGUCCUCGGGGACGGUACUUGUAAAUACCGGUGCGUUAGAUUUGUAAAAACUUACAUAAAUUCCACGUAUAGAGGGCUAUUAUAAUUUAGUAUACGAUAGGGUUAUUUACAGCUUUUGUACACUAACAAGCGUGGCGGCAUCGGCCGUCGGCGCUGCGACGAUCGUGGAAUUAAGUAUUUACAUGGAACGUUUACACUGGGUGUAAAUGAUGUGAUAAGCUUUAAAUUAUUUUUCGAAGUUGGGCUUUGUCUAUUAGCGAGAUGUUUACAUUGGUGUAUUGUAU